AUGGCGGCGGCAGAGCAUUGGUUGUGUAGCCAUGGCAAUGAUGAUGGCGAUGGCGACGGCGAUGGUAACGGUGAUGGUAACGGUGAUGGUGAUGGUGAUGGCGAUGGCGAUGGCGAUGACAUUCCAGGGGCUCAGGAGCAUGGCGAUACUGCGACGCCUGACUGCGCCACGGACCGCGCGCAGUGGCUGGGCCGCGCUAGCCAAGCUCUCGCGGUUGCGCAAACCAUGUGUAGCAGACCAAAAGGGCCGGCGAGCGUGCGUGGUGGUGAUGGUGCUGGUGCUGGUGCUGGUGAUGGAGAGGGAUUUCCAUGUCUCGUCCCAGCACUCUGCCGUGACUCUGAAUCCAAUCGAGACAGCACAAGACGCCCAAUGCCCGCCCAGGAGCGCCACUCCUGGCACAAGCCCGACGUCGCAAACUUGUCGCCCGACUCGUACACUGCGCAGAGACUGCAACAUGCCACGCCCGAACACCUUCACCUCACGACGAGGCGCUACUUCAUCGGCCCUAUCCCCACCUCAUGGCUGACCAAGCACCGACGCGACUGGUACAAACACCACCUGCGCAUCAACUACUCGAACCGCGCCGCCACCUUCUCCUCGGACCCGCGAGAGGCCCGUCAGCGCCAAUUGAGCGGCCUCGAGGGCCCCAGCUCCUCGGCCCUCUUCCAGCACAGCUUCCCCCAGCCCGAGAAUCUCGAUGCCGACGACGACGAGGCUCAAGGCGACAGCGUGCAGCCAGCUGAGGCCAGUGGCGCAAAUGGGGGCACCAGUGCGACGGCAGCAACACCGCCUGCCCUGCAGAUACCCCGUGCCUCGGAACAGAAGGAGCAUGUCAUGGUAGAGAAUGAAGACGACGAGUUUGUCGAUGCGCCUUCUGAGCUGGAAGACGAAGAUGAAGACGAAGAGGCCGAGGGCGGGCCCUCCAAGCCCCAGUUGACGACGCGCCGGUCGAGCGACAAGACAUUCGUCACGGCCUCCUCUGUGCCAACAGCAGACAACGACCAUGUUGAGCCUGCACAAGCAGAGCAGCCAAGUGGCUUGCAGGUUCCCUCAGCCCAGCCCGAGGCAGGAUCCAAGUCGCUGGGCAAGCGCCCGCUAUCCAAUGUAGAGAGCCUUGGUCCCCCUACAUCUACUACUGGAGCUGCUUCUGUAGACGCAAACUCUACGUCUUCUCUGCUGCAGGCUGACACAAACAAGUCACAGGCUCCAGCUCAUGUCGAUCCAAGUCCACCCGCCAAAGGCAUACUCGCGAGGGUCAAGCGAAGGUCCGAAAUGCGAUCCUCUUCCUCAGGCCAAGUCCAGGACGCCGAAGCCUCGUUGGGAGAACUGACACGCCAGAGAUCGAGUAUCCGCAAUCUCGUCAAAUUCGACAUCCCCGAAGACUCGCGACGCGCUCACGUCCACCUCAAAGCCAAGAAGGCCCAAAUGACCAUUCAGCGAGCAGGCACCAGGGCGCGACGGCACAAAAUCAAGGACGGGCUUGUCGUGAAGAUGGAGCGCAUGCUGGUUCGCGUCGAUGCUGCUGCAGAGGUUCCGGAAGACUUUGAUGAAAACGUCAACCAAAAAGUCGUGUCUCGCAUCAAGAACAAAUGGCGCGAGUACAUGGUCGUAUGCCGCCACAGUCGCGUUGAUGACGCUGAUUUUGUGCUGCAAUUCUAUCAGACUCGAGUCAUUCCUGAAAUCGAGAAUCCAGGUGCGAGUAAGAAGGCUGCGUAUGAAAUCCCAGUUGGUCGUAAAACUAGCAAGGUCAAUCUCUACUCCCCACUCGACAAAUCCAUGGUUGUGUCCUCGCCUAGACCCCGCGAGACGUUGAUCUUCAUUAUGCAGGCUCGCACUGCCUCUAAUGCUGUCGAAUGGUAUACCUUCCUCCGGAACAUUCUCGGCUGGCAACGUGCUUCUGAGCUCCAAAUCAGCAUACCCGACAUGAGUCUGAAUGUGAAGAUAGUCAAUCCUUUCGAAAAACUGGAAGCAUCACAAAACAAAGUUAACAGCGCCGAGGACACAGAAGCGGCUGUGCUGAAGACGAUGCAAGAAGAAGAAGCCGUUGCAGAGAACCUAAUCAGACGCUGCUUGGAUCAACUGGAAGACGUACCAGAAUGGGCUGAUGUCCUAGCGGCGUGGAUCAAAGACCAGCGCAUUGGGCUUGCCUGGAAGCGUUACGACCGGCUCGAGUGGAUACACGGGGCAAACGAGCGGAAGAUGUACGGCACAAUAGCCAUGCUCAAAUCCCACGAACUGGAGCUGCGACCAAAGACACAUUACCCUACAAGUGCAAUCACCCGAAAGAAGCACAAGACACUGACCGAACCGGUCCCAGUCGAAGGCUUCCUCAUCAGACUAACUGGGCAGCGCGGUCGGUCCAAGCGACUAGGCCUCAUGUACCACAAGCAACUGUACUUUGCCAGCCAUGAUCAGUACUUGGUCUUCUCGCGUCCGACCAAAGUUACCCCGCCACCGCCACCGCGACUGCCUGCGUCAGAUAACGCGGCUAUACCCACAGCACAAGCAGUCAGAGACAAAGUACCGGACAGCUGGGCGGUGAACCCGUAUGGCCUACAGCAUGGUCAAAUUGAGUGGCUCGCAGAGGGCCAUUCAGGCACGACCGAGUCCAGACGAUUGCAUGACGAGGAUGCUGCGGAUGAGGCGGGACGCAAGGCACAAAAUCUCAUUGAUUGUGAUGGUUACAUCAAUCUGGUUGAUGUGGUUAAGGUCCGCAAAGCCCAGUUGGGAGCUAGUGCUGCUGAUGACGGCCUCGAGGAAGGCUCGGACGUGGAUUUUGAUGAAGAUGUUGACGAUUCUAUGAGCAAUGAUGGAGUGACCAGUGAUCUUGAUCUUGAUCGUACCUUGGAGUUAGUCAUGAAAAAUGGCCUCAUUAUCCGUCUUCAGGCGGCAAACAAAGCACGUCGAAAAGAAUGGAUACAACACCUCCGCGCCCUUGUCAAGUACUGGAGGCACCGUACAGCGUCCGACAUUGCACUCUACAAAACAACGCGGAGCCGCAAUCUCAGCGCCCUUAAGAUUGACGAAGAGACUGAAGCGCAUGUUGGUCAGUUUGCUCGCAAGUGGGAAGUGACGCAAUCUUUUGCCUCACCUGAACUUUACAACAUGUGCGGUAUCGCCUGUUGCCGCACUAUUACCAUGAGCGGAAUGCUCUACCGCAAGCCCCGUAUCCACGCUCCCUUUACACGAUGCAGCGUUUUGCUCACGGCUGGAACGCUACUCAUUUUCCGGGACGUCCUACGGAGUAGGAGUGGAAAACAGCUUGCUCACAUACAUCAUGAACGCAUGGCCAAUCUGGACCUCAAGGACUGUUAUAUUUACUCUGGUCUUCUGACGGAGAGUGAUUUGCUUUACCAGAACCAAACAUUUGACGCGAACAAGCCAGGACACCACGCGCUUCCACGUAUCUAUCUCGAGGAUGGUUGGACAUCAACUGAUGAAGACGUCAUGACGACGUUUGUCAUCUGGUACGGAAAGGCAAAGAGUUGGUUCCGCGCCGAAGAGGGCGCUGGCGGUGGUGAACAGAAUCGCAAGGAAGGAAAGAGGACAAAGUUGAAGAGAGUGGCCAAGCUCGGCAGCACGGGUCGAAGUCUAGUCUUCAGGGCUCGGUCACGUGCAGAGCGAGACCAUUGGGUGUUGGCGAUUCAAAACGAGAUUGAGAGAGUUCAAAACAAUGCCGCGGAUUUCAGAUUGGAGGCGAGCGUCACGCCAUGAUAGGGAGCUGCAGUAUUGACGGGACGAUGCCGGUGUAUAAUACCUGAUGGAGUCAGCAUAUCCAGGGGCAUUGUUUGAUAGGGAUCCUCAAUCAUGGCUAGUAAGUUGGCCCAAUAUGGCGUCUACAUAUAUUUAAUACACGACGAGAGUUCUGCAUUGUUGAAAUGCGCAGAGGCAUCGC